AUGUCGCAUUCGACAAUUCACAAUGGUGAGGUCUGCGAACACAAAUACGGUUCUGUUGGAUUCCCGGUUACAAAAAACGAAAGCGCCGAUGGCAAAAAAAUGUUAACAAAUGGUAUGUAUCGCAUUCAUCGUAUAAUGACUGAAGAAGAAAUAGCCCAAGGGAAGGAAUCAAGGUGGACAGAAUUAGAGAUACACGGGCGCGUUAAAAACAUCAAUUCGGGAUUAUGGAAGAUGAAGGACUUAACAGCGCUUUUUUUAAGCGGAAAUCUUUUAACAAGGAUCCCAAACGAAAUUUGUAACUUGGGAAACUUGACGACGCUAGACCUUUCACAUAAUAAACUGCGCAGUUUGCCUGCAGAACUCGGCGAUAUGAUCUCAUUAUGUCACCUCUACCUCAAUCAAAACCAACUUCGAGUUCUGCCUUAUGAACUUGGCAAGCUGUUUCGCUUGCAAACACUAGGUUUGCAAGGAAACCCACUUUCUCCUGAAAUAAGUAAAAUUUAUCAUGAAACCAAUGGUGCUCAGAAACUUUUGCAGUUCUUGUUGGAUCAUCUUGCAAUUAAUACCAUAGCUCCACCAGACAGGCAGUGGAUGAUGAUGGGGCAUGCAGACCCGGAAAGACCAAUGGCAACUUUUACUGUUCUGUGCUACAACGUUCUUUGCGACAAGUACGCAACGAGCUCGUUGUACUCCUACUGUCCCUCGUGGGCCUUAAAUUGGGAAUAUCGAAAGUCGGCUAUUUUGAAGGAGAUACGACAUUAUGAGGCUGAUAUCAUAACCCUGCAGGAAGUUGAGACCGAACAAUUUCGACUUAUCUUCCUUCCAGAAAUGGAAGCUUUUGGUUACGCAGGUAUAUUUUCUCCAAAGUCGAGGGCAAAAACUAUGCGUGAGGAGGACCGGAAGUAUGUAGACGGAUGUGCUAUAUUCUGGAAACGCGAUAAAUUUGAAAUGGAAAGAGAGCACCUAAUUGAAUUCACGCAAGUGGCUAUUAAAACGGCGCAAACUAGUAAGCAGAUGUUGAAUCGCGUUAUGCCGAGAGAUAACAUUGCGCUCUGUGCCGUACUAAAAAUCAAGGAGAACGUCUAUGCAAACAGUAAUUUUUCAGGGCGAAUGACGAUGUCACCGAGCGAAAAUGUUGUAGGGACACCUCUAGUUGUUUGCACGGCUCACAUUCACUGGGAUCCAUCGUAUUGCGAUGUAAAGUUGAUUCAGAGUAUGAUGCUUGUUCACGAAAUAGGAUAUUUGUUAGAUGAUAUUGCUACCAAAUACCGGAUCAAACCCCAGCAGAUCCCUAUCUUAAUUUGUGGAGACCUUAAUUCUCUACCGGAUUCUGGUGUGUUCGAAUUUUUAUCGAAGGGCCAGAUAUCGAAAAGCCAUCCAGAUUUGAAAGAAUUUAUUAACGAUCCUUGCUUGAUCCGUUUGAGUGCUACUGAUGACACUGAUUAUUACACUCAUAACCUGUUAUUGAGUAGUGCAGUUGAAGGGAGCACACUUCCGUUCACUAACUAUACGCUAGACUUCAAGGGUGUAAUUGACUAUAUAUUCUCUACUCCACGUUCUUUGGUUCGUCUUGGUGUUCUUGGACCGCUGGACAUGAACUGGAUGGAAUCUAAUAAAAUCAUAGGUUUUCCUCACCCUCACGUACCAUCAGACCACAUACCUCUGAUGGCUCAGUAUGCAAUUAUACCGGCUUGUCAUCAGCGGAUGCAGCCACAACAACCUUCGAUGCACCCUAUUGGUAAUCAACUUGGUUUUAAUGCUUUUGGACGAUGA